CGCAUACUUAACCUCUGAUCUUUUUUCCCAGUUUUCACACUGCCAAUUCUAAGCCACAAACCCAUCCCCUCUCCCCUCUCUCUCUCUAUUUGACCGCUUCGCCAUUUUCUCUCUCAAAACCUACACAGUCCCUCUCCCAUGGCGACCCCACCGUGAUCUCUUUUCAGUGAGUUCAACCCUUUCAGCUCCAGCCCUUUCUCUCUUUUAGAGGGUUGAUUAAAAACUAAAAACCCAUCUCUCUCUCUUCUCGUUGGUGAAGAGAAAACCCUAGCAAAGUAGCUUCACUACAACCCAAAUUAGGCAAAGAAAGUAUCAGUAACGGAGCAGCUCAGACAUAUAUAUAUAUAUAUAUAUAUAUAUGUGUGUGUGUGUAUAUCCGUUUAGGUGUGAAUGCUUUUGCUGAGAUCGAGACAAAGGUGAAAAAAGAGCGGAUGGAAAGGACUACUGUAGCUUCUUCUUCUUCUCCUUCUUCUACUACUUCUUUGUACUGUCGCCUUGUUUGCAGAUCAUCAUCAUCAUCAUCAGUCUGAUCUUCGCUUUUUCGGCUACUGGGAAGAGAGAGAGAGGAGAGAGAGAUAUGGAUUCUGGGAAUAGUGGGAGUCUACAGUCGUCGAGCGGUGGCGAUGAGGAGUACGAUUCGCGCGCCGAUUCUUUCUCGGCUUUCAUGACCAAAACGGCGGCGGCCGGACACAUUACUCAGCUCUCACAACCGCCACAAACCGCCGCGAACGCCGCCAUGUUUAGCCCGCUUUUGUCGAACUAUUUCGAUCCAACUUUAACGGCUCCGGCGUUUGCCGACCAGAACUCAAUCCCGCUUCUCAAUCUCGAUAUGGCCUGGUCCAGAACCCUAAGAUCCGACCCGUGUUCCCCUCAGAUCAACCCCGCGGCCGUCUUGCCCUCCCCGGGCCCUUCCGCUCAUCAGAAGCUCGGCGCAGGCGCGGGCGGGUUUAACGGCCUUUCGUUCCCGUCUACGGCGGAGGCGCAUGUUAGUGGGAGCGUGACGGCGGCGGAGGCGCAUGUUAGCGGGAGUGUGACGGCGGCGGGGAAAGAUCACGGCCGUGUUAUGCGGAACCCGAAGAAACGGUCUAGAGCGUCAAGGAGAGCCCCGACUACAGUUUUAACCACGGACACUACCAAUUUCCGAGCCAUGGUUCAGGAAUUUACCGGGAUCCCGGCGCCGCCUUUUACAUCCUCGCCCUUCCCGAGAACCCGGUUCGAUAUAUUCGGCACUCCAUCGGCUCUAAGAUCCGCCGCCACGCCGCCGUAUCUCCGCCGGCCGUUCCCUCAGAAGUUCCAACAACCUCAACCGCCACAACCGUUUCUCCCGCCGCCUCCCUCCUCCUUACCCUCAUCCAGCACUAACAAUCUCUUCACCAUUCCCCACAACUCCAUCCUCUCAUCUCUCCUCCAAUCCUCCCCAAAUGAGUUCGGAUCAGUAAACACCGCUCUCACCGCCCUUCCCAGCCUCAUAUCACCGGACCAACCCGCCCGGAGGAGCGAAACCGGCUAUGAUCAACUCCAAACCUUCUCCAACAACAAUGCCUUCUCCUCGUCCCGCAACGGUGAAAUCAACGGAAACCAGAAUAUUCCGUCCGCCUCCUCAAACUUCCUAGGAGACAAAGCACCGGAAAACGUGACAGGCAGAGGCGGUGAAGGUAUGACGGAGUCGUGGAUUUGUUCUUCAGACUUGAAAUGAUUGCACCAUUGAAAGUUAUGCGACACACAUUUAUCAUCAUGAUUGUUAUCAUCAAAACGAGGAACAAAAGAAAAAAGGAGGUUAACUAGUGCAUGUUUUCUUCAUCAUUUUCCUUAACCAUAACUUAAUUAUCACAAAACAUCAUUAAAAAGCUCAAAACCCCUCUUGUUUCAUUAACCGUAUGUAAAUAUGUGAUUACUGUUAUUAUUAUUCCUAAUCAUAUACAUUUUAGCAUUAUGGGCAGAUAAUUAGAAAGAGAGUCAUAGCGAUAAUUGUGAGCUUUGAGCUGGUUUGUCAAUUGUCAUCCUUCUCUUCUUGAAUACUAAAAUGCUGUUAUUUUUCUGUAUUUCUUUA